ACCUCUGGAAGGAAGCUUCCUAACAAGGUAUGGCCGACGACAGAGCCCUCCUGGCAGCCCUAGCUGCUAGAGUCCAGGAAAACCCAGCUUUCCUGACAUCCCUCAUUGCUGGCUUGCAGGAGCCCCCUCCUGCUAUGCCUGCAGGGGACUCUUUAGUUUCUGGCCGCCCUAAACGGCGUACUAGAGCCCCAGCCAGACUCAGCUCUCCCUCCCUCCCUCCUCCACGUGUGAGAGGUUCAAAGCGGGGGUGCGCAGCCUCCAGCGUGUGUGCAGGAGUGUUAUCAGCUCAGCCUGCAGCACGUUCUGGUCUCCCGCCCCCUGCUUCUUUCAUUAACCCCCGAGCUCCCUCUGUCCCCUUGCCUGAGCUAGUGCCUAGUAACACUGCUAGUGUGCCCACAUCUGCUGUGAUCUCUGCCCCCACUCUGGCACUAAGUGCCCAGGCAUCCCAGGUCCCUGCAGCGCAGCAUACAGCUGCGCUCUCCUGUGUUAAUGAGCGGGGUAGCGAUGUUUCCAGAGAGCUGGCCGGAGUGCAGUCAGUGCUUCCGGCAGCGUGGUCUGUGGCUCCGCCCCCCCUCCAGUCCUCAGCAGUUUCCCGCUCCCUGGCAGGCAAGCUCCUCUCUCCUCAGCUCCCUGCUGCAGACUGUCAGCCCAGUAUUAAUGGGCAAUAGAAAUUCCAAUGUGUCAUCUGCAGAUGAGCCCAGGGAUGCCCCCUCUACCGAGGCACAGGCUCCUGGGAGUGCCAACAGUUGCACUAAUGCUCCUGCCAACCCACUCCCCCUACCCCCCAAUCCCACUCAGGCCACCCUGCCUGACUUUAUUGUAGCCAAUCCCACCACUUCCUCAUCGCUUAUGGCACAUUUAGGGCCCCCUACUGGGGUCUCUGCCCCUAUUGCGCAUAUGGGGGAACGCCCCAAUUCCAGAAGGUGCUCAUCUGAUGUAUCCGACCGCCGUUAUCGGCGCAGGUCGGCAGCUUGUCAUCCACGUUGUUCCCGUCAUCGUUCACGGUCUGCGCGGCGGUCCCACAGAAGUGCCCGCUCCAGAUCGUCUCGUUGGCGGUCACCUUCAUCAUCGGAGGUCAGCUCCUGCAGCGAUACCGCUGGCAGGUCUCAUUCACGACGCAGAAGGGGUGCCCAUGCAUCAGCUGCACGGUCUUCUCGCGGGGCCAGCCGGGCCAGCGCGGUUCAGGAUCCGAAUCCUCCAAUCGCUCCAGUCGAACCUCCAGGUCCUUCUACUACUGGAGUUCCGGACCCUAGUGCCAGCAGCUUCACCGGAGGGCUCCAUGUGCCCGGCCCAUCUCCGGGACAUCCCGCUGAGCGAGUGACUCCUCUCAUCAGAGCCUCAGUUGCUCCUAGGCCCUGGACGGGUUAUGGUAAGGCCUGGGCUGGCUGGGUAGCGCUAGCAGGGACCCAUCUGGUCGUCUGAGCGUAACCAUCGACUGUGCGGAAAGAGCUGUGCGGAAAGGCUGUGCGGAAAGAGCAUCGGCGCCCGGUUUCAUUUCAUCUACUGGUCCAACUGCUUCAGGCCUCGCAACAAGCUUGCCCUUCCCCGCAAGAAGUCUUGUUGUUUGGCGCUGCAUUUUGCCUUGCGUUUUUCUGAGCUUUUCGGAUAAGCGAGCUCCUCCCCCCGUCCAAGUUCCAGCCAGGGGGUGUUUUGCAAGAGGAUGUCCUUAUUACGGAUUCCUUGGUGCGCAUUCGCCUCCGCCGGUCCAAAAAACUGAUAUUUUGGCCGGGGUUCUAGCGUGUCGUUAUAUCGCAUUCCCGGCCCUGCUUGCCCAGUCGCGGCGACCUCGGAAUUCGCGGCAUCUCGCCCUCCAUGCCCCUUGUUUUUAUGCCAUGCAACGUCCUCCCCUCUCACCCGCUUUCAACUUUGCUCGGUUUUCCGGCGCUGCUUAACUGUCCUCGGUUGCCUGCCGGGGAUUAUGGGUCACAUUCUUUCAGGAUUGGCGCGGCGACGGAGGCUGCCAGGGCGGGGUUACCUGAUGCUGAAGUGCAACGUAUUGGUCGCUGGAAGUCUAAUUGUUUUGUGUCUUAUGUCCGCCCUGACUUGCUUUAAUUUUCUUGCAGAUUCCCCUCGACCCACGGUCUGUUUUGUGGGGCAUUCGUACCUGUUCUGGGCUUGUCAGAGAGCUGAAUCAAGACCCGGCGGUCGGUGCCUGGGUUUCCAGAAUGUGGAAGUCAUUUGGCGUGGCCUUCGCUGGUCGCAGGUUUUGCCGGAAACGGUUCACCUCAGCACGCUUGCACGCUCCCCUGUGAUUCUGGUAAACCAUGCUGGGGGUAAUGACCUCUGCUUGCUGAAAGUAGCAGAGCUCAUUACCCUCAUUAGAGCGGAUUUGGAAAGAAUUCCUACUUUCUUUCCCGAAGUGGUUAUUGGAUGGUCUGAGAUGAUCCCCAGGGUCACUUGGCAGGGUGCGAGGAGUUCC